CCCGCGCGCCGCCGGCGAUAUGGCCGCCCCGCCGCAGCUGCAGGCUCUGCUCCUGGCGGUCAAUGCGCUGCUGCGCAAGCGCCGCUACCACGCUGCGUUGGCUGUGCUCAAAGGCUUCCGGAACGGGGCCGUCUAUGGAGCCAAAAUCCGGGCCCCUCACGCACUGGUCAUGACCUUUCUCUUCCGGAAUGGCAGCCUCCGGGAAAAGCUGCGAGCCAUCCUACAAGCCACAUACACCCACUCUAGGAACCUGGCUUGCUUUGUGUUCACCUACAAGGGCCUCUGUGCCCUGCAGGCGCACAUGCAGGGCAAGACCUCCCAGGUGCACUCAUUCCUGGCUGCCUGCAUUGGAGGCAUCCUGGUGUUUGGAGACAACAACAGCAUCAACAGCCAG